AUGUUCGGAUAUAGCAAAGAAGCAGUUAGAGUGAAAGUCAAGAAGUGUGAAGGAAAGCUACAACCAGAGUUACGAAAGUUUUCAGUAGACCCACAAAUUACUUCAUUGGAAGUAUUACAAAGCAUUUUAGUUAAAGCAUUUGAUAUAAAAUCAGACUUUACAUUAUCUUAUAGAACUUUAGAUGAUGUUGGACAGGAGAUCUAUUUACCAUUGCUAUCUGAUUGGGAUUUGGAUGCUGCAUUUUUAAAGUCACAUAAUUUAGCUGUAACACAAAAGACAGAACCAUGUGUGCAGUUAAAAGUGGAUAUGAAACCAUUUGCAGAAGCUUCAGAAGAUUGGGAACCCCCUGCAAUCCCUUCAGGAUCCAUAAGUCAAAAUAUCAGGGAACCACCAGUACAGGUGCAGAAUAUGCCACAAUCUGAUAAGUCAGAAUCACAAGUAGGGCUUCAAGGAAUGAUAAUGAAUCAGGUAGAAAAAACCUUCAAUAUGGUGUCAAGAGCUUUAAAUUUGUAUGAGGACCCAAAUACCCCUCCAAGACCACCAUUAAAUGAUGUAGAAUUUAGAUCAUUCUUAGAUCCAGUUGGUAGAAUAUACAAUAUUGCUAAAUUAAAAGAAGUUAUUUAUUGUGGGGGAAUAGAACCAAGUCUGAGGAAAGUAGUCUGGAAACAUAUACUUAAUGUAUACCCUGAAGGCAUGACUGGUAAGGAAAGAAUGGAUUAUAUUAAGAAAAAGGCUAAUGAAUAUUAUUCUUUGAAGACAAAAUGGAAAGACUGCAUUCAAAGUGGAAAGGUAAAUGCUGACUUAGCUUAUGUAACCAGCAUGGUAAGAAAAGAUGUCCUUCGAACUGAUCGGCAUCACAGUUUUUAUGCUGGAAGUGAUGACAACCAAAAUAUUGCUUCACUGUUUAAUAUUUUAACAACGUAUGCUCUCUACCAUCCCACUGUAAGUUACUGUCAAGGUAUGUCUGACCUAGCAUCUCCACUGUUAGUGACUAUGGGCGAUGAAGCCCAUGCAUAUAUUUGUCUCUGUGCACUGAUGACAAGAUUAUAUACAAAUUUUUUAUUAGACGGAGAAGCUAUGACUCUUAAGUUUUCACACUUAUCAGAGUCACUUCAAGUGUAUGACCCAGAUUUUUACAAUUAUUUGAAAUUACAACAAGCAGAUGAUCUUCUAUUUUGCUAUAGAUGGCUGCUUUUGGAAAUGAAACGUGAAUUUGCCUUUGAUGAUGCUCUACGAAUGUUAGAAGUGCUAUGGGCAUCCUUGCCGCUAAAGACAACUACUACAGAAUUAUUUCUCCUAGAAAAAGAUUUUGAUUCCACAUUAAAUGUUACUAUUGAUCCCCCUCCUCUUAGUCCAUUAGUGAAAGCACCUAGAGAAAAUGCAUACACAAAAGUUUGUGCAAUAAGAAGGCAAAGUUCUAGCUUUAGUAUAGCAAAUAUAAAGGCACCAAAACUUUCAAACAUUAAACUUAGCAACCUAAGUUUAGAUGAAAAUGCGGCAAGAAAGGCACUAAGUAAUUCUUUUAAACGUGCGAAAGAAUUUCAAAGUCUUGACGAUGCUUCAUUACAUUUGAGAAGAACCAAUCAUCACAAAGAAAGAAUAGAAGAAACAAUUCACACAAAAGAAGUAAACAAUGCUACUAACCAGAUGGCAGACCUUAAUGAGAAAGACAAUGUUGAAGUUAUAGAAGAGCUAUCUAUCACAGAGAACAUGCACAAUGGAACUAACCCAAUGAACUCCAGUAUAAUAAAGGAAACCCCAUUAGGCAGCCAGAUUAGAUUGCUUCGGGAUAAAAUUCUAGUACAUAAUAACAAAUUUUUCUCAUCAUUAGACAAACUAGAUGUAUCUCUAGACAUGGAUAAACCAAAGGUAAAAAUAAUUAAAAACCUUAACGAGUUUUUGAAUUUCACAACUGCUAAGCCUGAUAUUAAACCAGGUAUUUGCUCAAACACAGAGAUUGUAGAGGCUAAAUAUUCUAAAGUAGCCCCUAUUUUACAUUUACAUGCAUAUGACAUCACAGCUAAAAUCAAAACUCAAAAUGCAAGCAAAUCAAACCUAGAACUGAAUGAUGGUAGUAGUCCUGAUGAUUCCCAGGAGUAUUAUCCUAUGACAACUUCAAUGACAAGAGAAUUAAGACUGGAGUUGGAGCAUUUGGAUCGACAAGUAUUUGGAUCUUCAUAUGUUAAUAGAUGUAGUAUAAUAUGUGAUUCACCAUCAGAAUCUACGAGCACAGAUGAAAAGCACUUAAAAGUGAAUACUGAAAUAAACAAUAGAGACAAAUUAGAACUUCAAAGUGAUAUAACAGAGUCUAUGGAAACUUUUCAAAAGUCUCCAAUUGUGGACACUAUCAAAACUAACGCCCGAAGUGCCGAAGAUAUUUAUUUAUGGGAAAAUCCUUUACAUCGAAACGCUUCAACAACUCGCACAACUGCUAGCUGUCCUCAGACACCUGAUGAACAAGCAGAGUUGGAUUUCGAUGGCGACACAGGAGAAAUCUUUGAAGAACAUUCUGGUAAAAAGUCAAUAACCCCUAUUAGAUUAUUAAGGAAAAACCAUUCCUUAGAACCACAAGACUUAAAUUUUAACCAACAUUCCAAUAUACAAUCAAAUGAAACUGAAUUUCUUAAUCCUCUGGAAUCUAUGAACACACCAACUCUUAUAAAUGAAGAUGUUAGUAAUUUAAAAUGUAAUAAAUUUUUUUCUAACAUGUCGCAAGAACUGGAAAAUGCAAAAAGAAAUUGUGAGUCAAUGCUCAGUGCACGCCAAUCGAAUUUACACAAUGUAGCUUCAACCAUAAAUAACUUUCAAAAGAAAUAUGAAGUGUUUAAACCACCACCACAGAAAAAUGCAUUAAACAUUAGUGGCGAUACCCCAGUUAAAAAUAGCAUAAGCAAUCUGCCAUCACCGACUAUAUUUGGGGGUGGAAAUCCAUUUCUUAUGUAUCUAUGUCUAACAGUAUUAUUGCAACAUAGAGAUUAUGUAAUGAGAAAUCAUAUGGAUUAUAAUGAACUAGCAAUGCAUUUUGAUAAGAUGGUAAGAAAACAUAAUGUUAACAGGGUAUUGAAUCAAGCAAGACAAAUGUACGCUUUAUAUUUGAAGCAACACUCUCAAAAGACUGCUGAUGUAACUACACAAUAG